AUGAACGUAAUAGACUUGUGCGAUUCUGAUGACGAUGAAACGGACUCAAGGGACACGGAGAAGAAACACCAACGUCUCCACAUCAACAACCAGAAUUCCCAAUCUCCUUCCUCAACAGCAGCACCAGCAGUAGCAGUAGCAGUAGCACAACGACCACGGUCAAUUUCUUCUGCAUCGAAUAGCCCUCUUGGAAAUAACAGUGAUGAUGUGGUUUUUCUGUCGGACGAUGAAAGUGAUGACGAGCAACAGGAAGUCAACAACCUGGUUCAUCAGAGAAGAACCACUUUUUCAAAAAAGAAACCAACAGAUAAGCCAAUGUCGGCUCGAGAAAAAAGUUGGGCACUCAUUCAGCAAAUGAGACGGGAGGCGGCCAAAGAAAAAGAAAAAUCGAAAGCACUAUCGAGUACAGCCUCCACAAAGGCGGCGAGGGGUCCACAGAAGAAAUCACCUCCCAUAACAAAAGUUAAUCCUCGUUGGAACGACAAACGAAAACGCAAGCGAUCCAAUUCCAAUUUGGAACAUCGAAAGAAGGCACCAACAGCAUCAUCGACAAAUCCGACAUCAUCAACUUCAACUGCCAAUAUCAAUGACAACGCAGCCCCAAGAAUAAUACCAAGCUUCCUGGAACAAGGACUAAAAGAUGGGACCACAAAUCAACAAGGUUCUGGAGGAGAAAACGUUGCGACAGCUUCGUUGCUCUCACCCUUGCAAACGGCGAUGGAGGUCCAUGAUUCAUUUGAACAACCUUUCAUCGAUGAUUCCAUGAAUGCGACAAGUCAAGACAACCCAGCUGCGCACUGCCAGAUGGAAACAAUAACAGAGCCAACGGCAUCAGCUGGUGCCACAAUGAAUGCUGCCAUUGAAAUUGAUUCUGAUGGUGAUAGCGUGGUUGAUAGAUCACCACAAGAGGAUACGACGCGAUGUGCGACAAAUUCGUCAGUAGCAGCUACAGCCACUGAUUAUCAUCCAUUACUCCAACUUGCUUCUGCACGCCCACCUGCUGAACAGCGACAUGGAGGCGACGACAAUCAAGGAUCACAGACCUUUCGUGCCCCCCGCGCCCAAGACAACAGCAAGAUUCUAAAUGAUCUCAUGGAUAGUGGGUCAGUAGCCCAUAUUCUCGACCAUCGCUUUAACAAUGGAAAAGUGACAUUCGUCGUAAAGGACCACUACGGUGCCGUGCACAAGGGCAUUUUACUUGAGGAUCUAAAGGUAGAUGCCCCGCUGCUAUUGUCCAACUACAUUUUAAACAAGGCCAGAGGAAAGCUCGCGGGCAAAGGAUUUCGCGAGUGGGCAGUCAAGACGAGGAACCAGUUGGCAAAGAAGGCCAUGCGUCACAUCGCUACACAAGAACGGGUCAUGGCUGGUGAAAUGAAUGAUGGACUACCGGAACCAGAUACUGGGACCAACCAACCUGGUGCAAAAUCGGUAGGAAGAUCUAGCCAUGUCCCAAUAAGCACUCAUGAUGACGCCGAUGAUGCAGAGGAAGCAGAAUUUGAAAUGAACGCUCCUUCUUCCUGCUCAACUCAAUCUUUUGAGAGGAUCAGUCCAAAUCUUCCACCAGUUCCUGAUGAUCCGGAGACAAGAGAUGAUCAAAUCCAAACUGAGGAUUCACCAGAGCAGUCAAUCGGUCCAAUUGCAACGCCUAACGUUCAAGAAGAGGGUUCCAUCUCGGAUAUGUCUUCUGGAAAUGACGAUUUCGAAGACACUCUCGACACUGAAAGCAGCAGUGGGAGUCUGCAAAUGACAAGCCAAGGAGGUACAAGCGAGAACGAUAAGACAUCGAUGCAAAUUGGCCAGACGAAAACUUCAGUUCCCGAUUUGGAUGAAGAACUUCUCUUGGAACAAGAGGACGACUCUAGCAUCCAAACAGAGCCACGUACGUCAGAAGACCCUCUUGUCGGAUCACGUCCAGCGUAUACUGCUGCUGAAGUGGCUGUCGAGAUUGAUGAAGAGGAAGAGGACGACGAUGAUGUGAUUGAAGUUGUCGGUGUCAAGGCUCCACCAAGAAUCGAGAAUCUAUCGCCGCCAACACCGCAGCAUCGAACAAGUCCCCUUGCAAAAGAAAUGCCACUGGACACGGAUGACGACAGCGUGUGCUCUGUCCAAUCUGCAAGUCCACCACGUUCUAGUUCCACCCGAAAGCCCUUGGUGGGAUCCAGUGGUACUCCCAUCGACAUUGACGAUGAUCAUGGCGUGAUACCUAUGGGUAAGAAAAUGGACACAACCUUGUGUACUAUGAGGGACUUUUGUGCUGCUGGGAAACGAAAAAAUGGAACAAAGCGCCCAGUUCCGACCAGCUAUUCCUAUCCGGAACGCCGUUUUGUCUUUCAUCAAACACUACCCAAACGACCUCCCCCCAGCGCACGUCGUCCGACCGCUAGUACGUGGGCCUAUGGCAUCAGUUGUGAUGCUGCAAUGAAGGAACAAGAACGACUUUUUCAAGCUUCCGCUGCCAAGAUGCGAUCUCAAACCAAGGCUCCAACGACCGCUCGCGUUACCACCACCACCUCGGUGGCUCGAAACCAAAUCGUUAAGUUUCAACAAGUCGUACCAAACAUUGCCCAGAAAUAUCCAUUGCACUGGCAAUUUUCGAACCAUUUUGCAAGACUGGGAGUGCCGGAAGGAUCAUCUGGAAGCGUCAUCAAGAAGCAGUACCGUCGCUUGGCUUUGAUUUAUCAUCCGGACAAGUCGCAGUUGGCCAAUACUGCCACAAAAUUUCAAAACAUUACGGAGGCCUACAGAGCACUAUUGAAUCUAUGA